ACUACAACCCAUGUCAGAAUGUCAUUCCAAAUCCAAUCCAAAGUUGUGUGUAAAUAUUUUAGUUUUUAUUCCUUAUGUUGUAUUUUAUUCUUUGUUUUUUUCCCUGUAAGUAAUUUCGCACAGCAAAAUUUUUUCGUCUCCUUGCGCCAUGUUGAGCUUCUGCCCACAAUGCAUUGUGGUCUAUAUUGACCCGUCUAGUGACCAUCAAUGUUCACUACUUUUCAAGAUGAAUUGUGGGUAAUUUUGAGUGCCCUACUUUUUUUCUCUGGACUAUUGGACACUCUGACAAAAUGGCGUGACCCAUAUACAGAGCACUUUGUAGGGAGUAGAAUGCACAUUCGGACACAGCCCAUGUUUGUUAUUGUCUGAACCAGACGUUGAACCUCAGAAGUGAACCCUGCACUGCCCUUUGGUGGACGUAUUAGAUAACAACCAUACUAAUGUUAUGAUUAGAAAAUCAUAAAGAUGUAAAGUGAAAGAAUAUAAUUUGGUAAUACUAUGUGGUAAAAAUGUUUUUUGCUUAUAACCAUCAUCGUACCAAAAAGGGAGAAAAGAAGCCGGUUUUCAGUGGUAAAUGGAAGUUGCAGAACAAGUACUGUGAAUUACAGAUCAAGUGCUCUAUGAUCUAUGAUCGACUACUUGGGUCUUUAAGCUGUAAUGCUAUGAAAAGAUACAUUAGGUUGAUAACAUGCUUGAAAAUGCCAUUGAUUGAAUGUUAUUCAGUUCAUCUUAAAUCUAUACAUGACUUUUAAUUAAAUAUUUAUGUGUUAGUAGGGUUUGAACUGUUUAUCGUGUCUUGAUUGAUUAUGUCUGAGUGACCAUAGGGGACAUUAUAGACGGGAUUUAUGGCUCUUUGAAGGGAGCCGGAUCUUAAGGAGCUGUUCCUUUCAAAGAGCCAUUAAAAAGACUGGCUCAUUCUCACAAUAUCUUACAAAAUCUCACAAUAUAUAAGAAUGACAAACAAUCAAAAUAUGUACCUAUAUAAAAUCUACUAUACAAUAUAUAUAUAUAAAUAUGUUUUUACCUUAUUUAUUAUACCUCAUGAAGUACCUUAAUUCCCCUUCAACAAUCUCUAUUUAGAGUGCUAUUGCUAUGUAUAUUUGUUCUGUAUAUUUAUUAAACAUUUAACAUGGUCUUUUACUCUCUUACAUUUUACACAAAAUGAAAUAUAUCCAACAUGCUGCAACUAUUUUUGACCUUAUGUUACGUUAACAAUGAAACUGGUAAAACUGCAUUUCUGACUAAGCAUGACUUUUAUCAAAGAGCGUGAGCACCCUCUAGUGAGUAAAAACUUUACCUCACACGUAGCAGUAAGUUUUUCAACUUGGUAAAAUAUAACAAAAUGACACAUCACCACUACUAACCUUGUUCCCUCAUCAACCAGGUGCUAAAAUUCUGUAGGCAGCUUGUUUUACACCUUAACAUUAGUGUGUUGUCCGUCUUUUAACCAUGUAGAACACUUUUCUCUGUACAUAGGACUUAAACGCUGCCGCUUUAUACCUUUUCCACACCUCACUGUUCUGAAGCUUUUUAAAAUAAAAACCUUAGCUGUAUUAUAGCUCUAAAAGUACAUAAACAAUUCAUGACUUGGCGUUACAUUGUGUUGUUUAAGUGUUCCCUCCAUUUUUUUGAGCAGUGUAUAUUACUGGUACUUUCAGUGUCAUUAUGUUGUGGAAAUUCAAUGCAAUUAUGAAAAAAAGAGAAAAAUUGCAAAAAACCUGCAAUUUUUAUUAUAUCUAUAUUUAAAAAAUAUUGUUAGUUCUUUAGCAUUUAGCAGAGAGACACUUGAUGCUCCAGAGCCACAAGUUGAAGACCCAUGACCUGACGGAAGCAUGUAUAAUGUAAGAAGUAAUGGUCUAAGUACAGAACCCAGAGGAACUCCGUGACUUACUUUGGUAUGUGAGGAAGACUCGUUAUUUACAUUAACAAACUGAAAUCUAUCAGAUAAAAAUGACUUAAACCAGCCUAACACAGUUCUUUCAGUUCCCAAUAACAUGUUCAAGCCUCUGUAACACAAUGAUGUGAUGAAUGGUGCAGAAUGCAACUUAUCUGAGACCAUCAGGAGAUCAUUGGUAACUUUCACCAGGUCUGUCUCUGGACUAUGAUGAGCUCUAAAUCCUUACUUAACUCCUCAUAUUAUUUCUGAUCAAAUGGGCACAGAGCUGAGUUGAAACUAUUUGCAAAAAUUUUACACAUAAAGGGAGGUUGGAUAUAGAACUAUAAUUACUCACUCCUGAAUUGAUAGUUUUUUUUAUUUAUUAUUAUUUAAACAGUCAUAAAAGAUUGAGGUACAUACCCUCUCAAUAGAGACAUGUUGAUCCAAUCAAGUACAGAUGUAUUAACUAAGGAAAAUACUUCCUUGAAUAGUCUGGUUUAGAUGGGUUCUAAAACUGGGUUCAUAAUAACUGAGAAGCAAAGGAAUACAUGACUCAGCAGCACUUUGGCCCUUAGUCAGUCAGGUUACAGAGCUGAAGAGAACCAUGGGCUUGUUUUUGUUCUCCUCUAUGAUCAAUAAUAACGCUAGCUCUCUUCUAGCCUUAUGCAGGACUUUCUGAUUUACUAUUAAACUGAGACUUUUCUGGACCAGAUGAAGCCUUGAUGUCGGUUGUAAAGCUGCUUGUGUUUAUUAUUGUUGGUCUUUUCAGUUCUUGUUGUUCUGUUGUUGCUGCUACAACAAUUGAGUUUCCCUCUGGGCAUCAAUAAAGUUUUCUGAUUUGACUACAGCAUGUCUGCUUACUCAUUGCAACUUUUCAGAUCAAUGUUGUUUUUUGCUGGGAUAAAAUCUUUGACUCCUCCACCAGCUAAACCAGUCUGUCAGUCGCCUCAAUAAAUUACCCUUUGUUGUUGCAAUGCUUGUGUUUCUUUUAGUUCACUAAUUCCCAGCUUUGUGGCAUCGUACCAUCACUCUGCAGUUCUUUCUGCAUGAAAAUGGCCUCCUAAAACACGAGUAAGUAUAUUCCCUUUUCUUUUUAGCUUUGGCCAACAGUUAUGUUUGACUAAUUGUUUUAACACAGAGUUAAAAGAUGGAUGCCAUGCCAUGGAUAUUUCUGGAAUUUUACUUAUUUUUUAAAAGUGAAACUUUUUAAAACUUUCUUUUGACUCUUUCCUUUUUUCAGCAACUAGCUAAACUAGCUCCUACAUGUUUGCAACUAAUGUUUUCCAUGUAGUCAAACUGGUGUUUGUGGAUAUAUUUCUGGCUUCAGUGGUUCUUUGCUUGUAUCAUUGAAUAAGUUAAUAAAAGUGAAUGUGUGUGAAGAGGACAAAGAACCUCCCAGACUGACAAGUACAGGAAGAGGGCGGGCUGUACUUUGGGGCUCCAACAAUACCAGGAACGACCUGGCCAAACGACAGAGAGGUACGAUGACGGAAACUUCUCUUCAGUGUCUGCUCCUUCUGAGCCAGGUGUCUCUGCUGAUCUGCAUCACUCAUCAAGCCCUCACAGCUCGUCUGACCAUCAGUCCCAGCAGAUCUCAGUUUUUUGAAGGAGUCUCUGUGUCUCUGAUCUGUGAGGAGGACGACAGCUCUGCUGGAUGGACGGUGAGGAGAAACACGACCAGGCCACAGUCUGAGUGUGGAAGAGGAUGGGGGAAAGCAUCAAAUUCAUCAGGUUCUUCCUGUAACAUCAGCUACACCUUCCAGUCAGACUCUGGAGUUUACUGGUGUGAGUCCAGAGAGGGAGCAACCAGUAACAGCAUCACCCUCACUGUCACUGGUGGAUCAGUGAUCCUGCAGAGUCCUGUCCUCCCUGUGAUGGAGGGAGAUGACCUCACUCUGAGCUGUCAAUCAAAGCCUCCCUCCAACCUCCCAGCUGCUUUCUAUAAAGAUGGCUCCCUCAUCAGGACUGAGUCUACAGGUCACAUGACCCUCCACCAUGUUACCAGGUCUGAUGAAGGUCUCUACAGGUGUAGCAUCAGCAGUCAUGGAGAGUCUCCACCCAGCUGGAUCUCUGUCACAGAGAAACCCACCACCACACCUCCCCCUACAUCCAUCCCUCCCCCUACGUCCAUCCCUCCACCUACAUCCACCUCUCCUCCACCCGGUCCUCUACUCUCUGUGCUGUUGCCUGUUCUUUGUCUCCUUGCUGUGGUCCUACUGGUGUUACUGGUUUUACUGGGGAGACGACACAUUCUCAGAAAAUCUAAAGCUGAUGAUGAAGAUGAAGAGGAAGGCACCAUGUACAGUGACAUCAUAUAUCACAUGGUGGACAGCAGGACAUCAGCAGACACAGAGAGCUUCCAGCGGAGUCAGACGUCAUCUAUUCCUCACUGAGGUAGUCCACCAGUCCAACCACUGAUGUCCUCUGCUGGAUCAAACUGGUUCAGACCAGUUUUUAAACAUCUUUACUGUCUUCUCUAAAUUAUUUCAUUAAUAAUAAGUUUCCUCUCAUUCAGUGUUCAGCUCAGAAAUACCAGCUCAGUGUCAUGAAUGUAAAUUUCUGGUAAAUUCUUCAGAGAAUCAGAACUUUGAUGUAAUUUAGGUUUUAUCUUUGAUGUGUGGACUCUGCUCUGGUAAACAUUUUAAGACUCUGGUUUCUUGUCUCACGUGUUUCACCUGUGAAGAUCUUUGGGUUUUAACAAAGCAAAGACUUUAACUUGUCCCAGUUUGGCUGUGGCUAACCUACAUAAACCUCUUCUCAGAGCGGUGAACGGAGAACAUGAAGCCACAACCGCAGGUUAAAACAGCUGGAACAUUGUUCAGUCAGCAAUAUGACAGAAUAUAUGAAAAAAACCUCUUUAGUUCAUGUUUGUUAAGAUUUUUAAUUGCUUUAUUAAUGUUUUUAACCUCCCAUAGUCUGGUAUCAUAACGCUUGAUGAUGUACAGUAAAUAUAGAUGCUUACACUGCCCCCUAAUGGUGAUAGAUAGAUAGAUAGAUAGAUAGAUAGAUAGAUAGAUAGAUAGAUAGAUAGAUAGAUAGAUAGAUAGAUAGAUAGAUAGAUAGAUAGAUAGAUAGAUAGAAAGAACCAUGUUAGCAUCUUCAGCCACCUCUCAGUCUCUGGAUGCACCUGAAAGCAGCUACCUUCCCUUUGCUCUAUGACUUCAUGAUCCUCGGCACAGUUUCCAGACUGCAGCCUCUCCUCUGACAGCUGAUGAUAUUCAGCUCUUCACUCCCUCUACUGGACACUAGAGGAACUACAGCAGAUAAAACCCAGUAAAGGCUAAUUUUUAGCAGCCCAGCAACAUCUCAUGAUCUCACCUGGAUCUUUAUUUAGUUCAGGACUACUCAGUUCAGUCCUACGAGAGCUGCAAUCCAGCAGGUUUUCCAUGUAUCCCUGCUCCACCACACCUGACUCAAAUGAAUGAGUCCUUGUGCAGAUCUUGAUGGGCUGUUGGAUCAUUUAGUUUGAUUCAGGUGUGUUGAAGCAGGAAUACAUUAAAUCCUGCUGGAUUGUGAUUCUUUUAGGACUGAAUCUCUGUUCCUCUGGCUCCUCCUCUCAGAACUGAUCAUUAAUAGUUUCAUUAAAUCCUCACAUCACGGUGUGUGUGUCAGUAAACAGGACGUUGCUGCAGGUCUGCAUGUUUUGUUUACAGAGUUAAUUUUUGCACACUUUCUGUGUGGAGUCUGCAUGUUCUCCUCGUGUAUGUGUGGGUUCUCUCUGGUUGUAAAUGGUUGUUUGUCUCUCUGUGUCGGCCCUGUG